AGCAUACAAACACGCCUUGUUUGGAGCAUGCUUUUAAUUUUUCAAUCGCCUCUCUUUCUGGGCUGCAAAUUUUAUCCGCUUCUCUUUCCGGGUUUUGUUUCUUGGGUCUCUGAUCGCCAUUGAUCUUCUGCUCGGUAGCUUGGCUGUUCUUUAGAUGGGUGGCGGGCAAUUGGCGAAAAUGCCCAACAAGUCUUGCUUUCUCCUGAUAGUGGUGGCUGGGCUGGAGAGGUUCGCGUUCAAAGGGGUGGCGUCGAACCUGGUGACUUACCUGACGGACGUCGUGAAGAUGAGCAACUCGGCGGCGGCCAAAACGGUGAGCAGUUGGUGUGGGUUUACAUCCAUGGUGCCUCUGCUCGUGGCGCCCUUCGCUGACUCUUACUGGGAUCAGUAUUCCACCAUUUUAGUCUCGUCUUCGCUCUAUGUUCUGUGUAGAGAAACUUUGAAAAUUUUGAUGCUUCAUAUGAAGGGGCUGAUAGCAUUGACAUCAACGGCGGUGGUAGGGCCUUGGGCCGCCACCAACAAAACCAGCUUCUCUUCAUCCCUCUUCUGGUCUCUCUAUCUGAUUUCACUAGGCCAAGGAGGCUACAACCCAUCCUUGCAGGCCUUCGGAGCAUUUCAGCUUGAAGACGAGCUGGAGGAAGAACUGCCUUGCAGCAAAAAAGAGGAGCCCAGCUCUAAUAAGAAGAGCUGGUUCUUCCAGUGGUGGUACUUCGGCAUCUGCAGCGGCUGCCUUCUCGGCGUGUCGGUGAUGUCCUAUAUCCAAGACACUUUUGGCUGGGGGCUCGGCUUUGCCAUUCCCACAAUCGUUAUGGUUUCUUCCGUAGCGUUUUUCUCAUGGGGAAGCCGAUUCUAUGCUUACAAGCAGCAGCAGCAGCAGCCGGCUAAGGCUGCCGCUGAUUUCAUGCCUUUCGAGAGCUUGGCUCGCGCCGUGAAAACCACUGCUUCCAAGGUGAUGAAUGUCCGGUUUACCUCGUCCAGCAAAUCGGACCAGGUUGAGCUAGAGCUUCAAGAAAAACCAAUCUGCCGUGAAGGGCUUGAAGUCGGCGAGGGGCAAGACAAAGACGGCUCGAACACAGGCACACAUCUGCUGGAGAUCACGAGGAUCGUGCUGCGUCUCUUGCCAAUAUGGACAAUGCUUCUAACGUUCGCGGUGAUUUUCCAGCAGCCGGCAACGUUCUUCACCAAGCAAGGAAUGACGAUGGAGAGGAACAUCGGAUCCGGGUUCAAGAUCCCGCCGGCGACUCUGCAGAGCGCAAUCACAGUCUCGAUCGUCCUGCUGAUGCCUCUCUACGACACGCUCUUCAUCCCGCUGGCUCGGAUCGUCACCUGGAACGAGAAAGGCGUCAGCGUUAUGCAGCGGAUGGGGAUCGGAAUGUUCCUCUCUGUCGUCGCCAUGGCGACCGCGGCGCUCGUGGAAGGGAAGAGGCUCGAGAUCGGGAGAAACAGUGGAUCGGAGACGGAGACGGUGCCACUGAGCAUAUUCUGGCUGCUGCCGCAGUACGUAUUGCUGGGUAUAUCGGACAUUUUCACCGUCGUCGGGAUGCAGGAGUUCUUCUACAGUGAAGUGCCGGUGAGAAUGAGGACCAUGGGGAUAGCCUUGUAUACGAGUGUUUUUGGAGUAGGCAGCUUCUUGAGUGCAUUGCUGAUCUCUGUGGUGGAGUAUUUCACCGGCCUCGGAGGAGGAAACCGGAGCUGGUUCUCCGACGAUAUGAGAGAAGCCCGGCUAGACAAAUAUUACUGGCUGCUGGCCUCGGCAAGUGCAGUAAGCUUGCUAACCUUUGUAAUACUAUGUAGAUUUUACAAAAGCAGGCUAUGACUUUGGAUAUUGCCA